ACAAAAUUGUUUCAGAAAUGGAAAGAAAAUGUGACCAAAAAAUCACAGAGAGCAAAGAAGAAUCAAGGCAAUACUUGAUGCAUGUUCAGGAGGAACAUGCUGCUCUGGUGAGUCGUAUUCAACAGGAACAUGACAGAAAGGAACUGGCACUUAAAGCUGACCACACUGAAGAGCUAAAACGUGCCGAACUUGAAGCUGAAAAUGAAUUGAGAGAGAAAACAGUGUCGCUCAGGAAUGAACAUGAAGCUCAGUUGAGAGCUUUGAGAUGUGAGCAUGAAGAUGAGUGCAGAAAGCUGCAAGAGGAGUUGGAUCUUCAGAAGUCCAAAGAAGACAGGCAGAGGGCUUUGUUGCAAUUGCAGUGGAAAGUGAUGAGUGACAAGCCAAAAGAGGACCAAGAAGUGAACUCAAAAAAGGAGCACUCCAUUUCAUCAAUCAAGAUGAGAAAUUCUGCAGGCAGCAAAAGAAGUCAGCAUGCUCUGGAAAGACCAGAGGGCGAAGAGAAGGUGACACAAAGAAAUGGCAGAUCAUUGUGCCUGCUUUCACAAUAAUUUUUGCUUUAGAGGAGAUAUGACAGUCACUUUUUGUC